AUGACAGACCUCGCAAGUGUCCUCCCCGGAUUUCCAACCCAGCAAUAUGCACGACUCCUGCCAAAACUCGAGAAGAAUCUGGUUACAACCACAGACCUCCUCACACUCGAUUGUGUUGAGGUAGCGAAACGCGCUCAACUCCCACUCUUAGACGUGAAGAGACUAUGUAAUGCGGUUCUUGAGGCGCUACAGCAGAACUUGGGGAUAGCUGGGGCCGAUAAUGAAGCGCAGGGCUCGUCGACGUUGAAGAAGUCUGGAAAAGACAUCGUCAGCUCUUGGAAUACUAUCAGUACUCUAGACGAUGACCUAGACCGUGCAUUGGGAGGUGGGAUCCCCAUAGGUUAUAUCACAGAAGUCACUGGCGAAAGGCAAAACCCAAUUCCUCCUCACGCUCCUUCUAUCAGCCCAACUCCCAGCUCCCCACGGCCUCUCCAGCUCCGUCCUAUACAUAUCCACCGAAUCCGCCCUCCCCACAACCCCGACUCUCCCCAGCUCCUGCGCACCCACCCAGUCCUCACAUCCUCUAAUCCAAAACCCACGCUCGACAACGUAAUCAGCAUCGUAACCCCCGACCUCGAAUCCCAAGACCAUAUCCUCCGCUUCCAAGUCCCCGUCGCCAUCUCGCGCCACAGCGUCCGCCUCAUAAUCCUCGACUCGGUCGCAGCAAACUACCGCGCCGAAUUUGAGCGUCCCGGCGGAGUAGGAAACGGUGCCAACAUGGCGCAGCGAAGCUCCGAGCUCAUCAAACUAGGCCAGUUACUCCGCACCAUCGCACGGGAGCACAACAUCGCAAUCGUAGUCGCAAACCAAGUCGCGGAUCGCUUCUCCAAUACCAGUGGAAGUGUAGGAUCAAGUCCAGUGCUGAACCGAACCACGCAAAGCAGUCCCCUAGCAAGACGAAGCGCAGGCACAAGCACAAGCCCAUCGAGCUCCCUAGCCGCACCCCCUCCAACGCCUUUCGCCGGCACACCUGACCCCAUGUCCCUCGACCACCAACAGCGGUGGUUCACAGGCUGGGGCGAUGAUCCUCACCCCUCCCCCGUCUCGCUGCAGAACCUCAAAACCCCAAGUCUCGGCCUAAUAUGGACAACACAAAUCGCAUUCCGCAUUGCCCUGAUCAAGAAACCCGUCUAUGGCCCAGGUCUCGUGGCAGAUGAGGAGGAGCUCGUGCUGCAGAAAUGGCGACGUUGGAUGAAAGUUGUAUUUGCGCCGCACGUGGCAGCGAGUGGACCUGGUGUGCAAGGGGCUGUUGAGUUUGAGAUUAGGGGAAUGGGCAUCGCUGCUGUCGGAACAAAUCGCGCUGUUGACGUUGGCGAGGAGGAUGGUAUUCUGCCGACAUAA